AUGGCUGAAAUCCGCCGCAAGCUCGUCAUCGUGGGCGAUGGUGCCUGCGGUAAGACUUGUCUUUUGAUCGUCUUCUCCAAGGGUACCUUCCCUGAGGUGUACGUCCCUACCGUCUUCGAGAACUACGUCGCCGACGUAGAGGUCGAUGGCAAGCACGUCGAGCUUGCCCUUUGGGAUACGGCUGGUCAGGAAGAUUAUGACCGUCUUCGUCCUCUUUCAUACCCUGACUCCCAUGUCAUCCUGAUCUGUUUCGCGGUUGACUCUCCCGAUUCUCUCGACAACGUCCAGGAGAAGUGGAUCUCUGAGGUCCUCCACUUCUGUCAGGGACUCCCCAUCAUCCUUGUUGGCUGCAAGAUGGAUCUGCGCCACGACCCCAAGACCAUCGAGGAGCUUCACAAGACCUCCCAAAAGCCGGUUACCCCUGAGCAGGGUGAGGAGGUUCGCAAGAAGAUCGGUGCUUACAAGUACCUUGAGUGCUCUGCGCGCACCAACGAGGGUGUCCGCGAGGUCUUCGAGGCUGCCACCCGGGCUGCCCUUCUUACGAAGACCCACAAGAGUAAGAAGAAGUGCACUAUCCUGUAA